UAUCCAAAACAAAAUGCCCAUGCAACUUGCCAAAUUAAUCUGAAAGUGUAAUUGAACGAUCACAUUCCCAUCACGUCCCUAAUUAUGUUAGGAGUAGCCUGUUACAUAAGCAAUAACCAAUCCUAUCCCCUCUGUGUAACUAGACCCAUUAUAAGUACAUGUAUUGAUGCUGUCUGAGAUCUGGUGGACAACUCCACGAGCUACUCGCAGGGGAGUUCAUCUAAGUGCUGCUGUUCAAGAGAGAAGGCUCUUGAGAUUGACAUCACUAAAUCUUUUGAAGAAACAUUCAUGAGGGAGCUGCUGUGUUAGCUUUUACAAUGCAAGCCAAGGAACAAAUAUGCCACGAAGAUUACCAGAAGACUGCGGACUGGCUCCUGUCCCACACCAAACACCGACCAAAGGUAGCCAUCAUCUGUGGCUCAGGACUAGGCUUACUGGCCGAGAUGCUCAAGUGUCAGGAAUCCUUCAGCUAUUCCGACAUUCCCAGCUUUCCACAGAGCACAGUGCAAGGUCACGUCGGCAGGCUGGUAUUCGGGGAGUUGAAAGGGAAGACCUGUGUCUGCAUGCAGGGUCGCUUCCACUUGUAUGAAGGGUACCCGCUCUGCAAGGUGACUUUCCCGGUGCGUGUGUUCAAGCUGGUGGGAGUCGAGACGCUGAUCGUCACGAACGCAGCCGGGUCCCUGUCAGACGGCUACAAGACAGGAGACAUCAUGAUCAUUAAAGAUCACAUCAACCUGCCAGGCUUCGCUGGCCAGAACCCACUGAACGGACCCAACGAUGAACAGUUUGGACUCCGUUUCCCCCCCAUGUCCAGUGCUUAUGACAAAGACCUGCACAAGCUGGCCCUGGACAUCUGCAAGAAGCUGGACUGCUCCGUGCAGGAGGGGGUUUACUGCAUGGUCGGGGGCCCUAACUUCGAGACAGUGGCAGAGGCACGCUAUCUUCACAAACUGGGAGCCGAUGCGGUUGGCAUGAGCACGGUCCCAGAGGUGCUGGUGGCGAAGCACUGCGGGAUGAAGGUCUUUGGCCUCUCCCUCAUCACAAACAAGGUAGUGAAGGCAUACAACGACAAGGAGGUGAACCACGAGGGGGUGCUGGGGGUGAGCAAGAUGAGGGCCGGCACGCUGCAGACUCUGGUGACGGAGUUCGUGGCCCAGCUCGACAGCAACACUGCAGACUAGGGCUGCUACAGGUCCCUGUCUACCCUGGACCGCUCCAGUUAGGGUGCCGUCCCGGGACAUUAAAAGGUCACAGUUUUUAAUCUUAUGCUUCCACAUCCAUGUAGAUUACUACAGCAACACUGCAUUGUCAGCACCGUAUACUGUACACAAGCUAGAUAAAACAGGUUAAAAUACCACCACAGACGCACAAUAUACGAAUCGGUUGUCAAUAGUAUUAACAUCAUGACUGUUUCCUGUUGGAUGAAUAUAGAUUUUCUAAAGAGAGUUUGCACUUUCAACAACCCUGUUCUCUUCAGAGGUCCUGGUUUUUUAUACCUCACAGGUGGCCAACCUCCUGCAGACUGAGGGAGGAGGACGUUUCGGGAUUAACAGUUUCCUGUGUGAUAAUAUUGUGCGCAAUGGAGCGCAGGUGAAGAUAAACAGUUUGAAAGCAGCUAACCACAAACGUCAUUCUCCCCGCAUACUGUAGUUGUUGCAGUGGGUUACAACACAAUAACAUCCACUCUCAGACUGAGACGACUUCUUAAUAAGGGUUAGAGCUUCUUCAAACAGGAGAAUCUGCACAUUUAAGGCAUUAGGGGCAACUACAAAGAGGUAAACGUAUUCCCAAAGAUAUCCAGCUCUCUGUACCGCCCCCGCCACAUCAGGGUUACCUGGGAAGCAUUGUGCCAGCCACGACGCACUAGCCACACUGCAAAAUUAAAGGAAAAAAACAAGCUAGCCACCACUCUGUUAGGACUACUAAAUUAACAUCCAAUACUGAGCUGUAUUAUUAUUAUUAUUAUUAUUAUUAUUAUUAUGAAUAAUAAUGACAUUUGGUCUGUUUCCCCUGUAUUAAUGGAGUACUUUAGUGGAGUACACUUUACAAUCAAGUCAAUGUUUAGUAGAUUUGCUGAAAGUUUGACACAUCUUGUCAGAAUGAUGAGGGUGGGUGAUGUUGAAACUUGCACGGUUGUAAACAACAAACAUCUAAGUUUAUAACCAAUGAAACACCUCAUUAAAACAAAAUAAAAAGCUGAAGUCUAAUGCCUAUGAUGUUGAA